UCUCUCCUCCUUGCGCAAGUUCAAAAGAGUUGUGUGUUUGUUCUCUGAGUUAUUAAAAUGAUCUGAACCUAUCAUUUUUUGGUCCUUCGAGAGCCGGAGCGGGACAGUUUGCUGACUGACGCUGGAGGAGAGGAACACCGCAGACUGUCGACAGCCAGGAUCAUUAGCUGACCUGAAGAAAGCCCUGAAGUGUGAAUUUGUGACCAGGCCGGUGAUUAGGUUCGCUCCUCCAGCGCCGUUCAUCACUCUCCCGGAGUCCGAGGGGACAUAACACCAACAGUAACAAAGGCAAAUUUAUAAGCGCUGAAAAUCUCUGACCCAGAUCUGGACUCCUGCCCUCCGAUCAGACAUCGUCUGGACCAGAAUGAUUGUCGGUAAACAUGAGACCCACCACCUCCACCUCUUCAUUGAGUCGCUGCUGCACCACAACCUGCAGACAAGCAGUACAGCUCCACCUCAGAAGAGCCCUCAAUACUGCUCUCUCCUGUAUGGAGACAGACCAGAUCGGCUGACUCUGUACAUAACAGUUGCCACUAGGUAAAGUGUUGCCCGAGGGAGAGGACGAGGAUGUGGAAGAAGAUGGGAUGAUUUUUCCAGGUGUGUCGAGAUGACAGAUGUUACAACUGCAGCCUGACGGGUCAUUGGUGAACUGAAUGUCCACAACUGGUGAAUGGAACGUGGACUAACCAGACUGUGUCACACUGAUCGGAGAGGAGGACUUCAGACAAGUCAGAGGAGGGCAAGUUGCCUGAUCAGCAGAGAAAGGAAGUGAGAUAUCAUACACACACACACACACACACACACACACACUCAUUACUGGCGUCUAACACACAGCCUAGCACACGUGCAGCAACCUGCUCAGCAGGUUUCCUGUAACAUAUUAUUUUAAUGCAUCCAUGUACAGUUGCAUUGGAAUUGCAUAGGAAAAUGCUUAUGCUAAAUUUAAUUGUAAAUGUGCAGCCCACACUGUGGGUAAAGAUCCUGUUACCUUAGGAAAUGCCUUUGCAGAUAAGAUAGCUAAGGAAGCGGCACAGGGCCUUUAUGGCCACAGCGACACUGAAGGAUAAUAUUUAUCAUAUUAAUGAUAAACCGGUACUCCCUAAAGCCCUUUUUAAAACUGCAGCAUUAUUGAGUCAUGGGCCUUACCAUGCCUCAACAGGGGGGAUGGUACAGACAAUAAGUAAAUACUUUUAUGCAAAAGGCUUUAAUAACUAUUUAAAAAAUUUUUGUAGAGCAUGUUUAACUUGCUGUAAAAAUAAUCCACAGGGUAAUCUGAGACCAAGAAGGGGUAGAUUUCAAACACCUUGUUAUCCUUUUCAGUUCCUCCACAUGGAUUUUACAGAACUGAAUCAAUGUAGGACGAUAAAAAACAGGUUGAGGAAGAGACCUUGGGUGGACUGUAUAGACCUAGUGAAAAUGUACAUGCGCAAAACACCAUCAGAAAUAGGACUUACUCCGUAUGAAAUAUUAUAUGGCAGACCAUUCAGGCUGCCUGUAUAUACGGAGGAAGAGAAGGCAGAAGAGAGCUGUGAUUUGAGUGACUGGAUGAGGAAAUUUUUACAAAGUAAACAAGUAACUGAUGCUAAUAAACUGCCAGAAGCAUCUUCUCUCUCUCUCCACAGGUGCCACUGAUACAGCCAGGAGACUGGGUGCUGGUCAAGGUCAUCAAACGGAAGUGCUGGUCAAACCCGAGGUGGGACGGUCCAUAUCAAGUUCUACUGACCACACCAACAGGAGUGAAAAUCGCUGAAAGAUCUACAUGGAUACAUCUGAGUCACUGCAAGAAGGUGGAGCCACUUACUUCGGAGUAAAGGUGGAAGUCUGGUUACAAAGGGGGAAAUUCCUUAUAGUGGUUUUUUCGUCUCAACCCAGUGAAGAAAACAACUGAUCCCUACUCCUUUAGAAUGGCGCCCUUCUGCAGCCUCAUAAUUAUUUUCAGCGUGAGCACACUGCUAGUUUUAGGAGGAACAUCUUCAUUAAAUUACACCCAGUACCCACAUGAAUAUGCAACCAAUGAGUGGUGGCAGUUAAUGAAUGUCACAGCUCAUGUUAAUAAUUGGACAAAUUGUUAUGUGUGUGCACAUAUGCCAGUGGCAGGACACAAUACUGGACUGAGGCCUUACAAUGUUAGCUGGGAGCACUCAUGGUGUCUCUAUGGGUUGGCUACACAUCCAGGGAGAAGAGCUAAAUGGAGUGAAGCAAAUCUUACCUCAAUUCUUAACGUAAAGGGGAUAAGUUCUCCCAUUAAUAGAAACUGUUCUAUGUUAACAGAUUUGCUCACUUGGCCCCAGUUAGCUAACCCCCUUCCUGAGGUGCUGAUGUUGACUCAUUUGCCAGAGAAAGCUUUUCCAGCAUGUGUUAUAGCAAAUGGAACCAUCAAGGUGGGUAGAUUACCAGCCACUCUCUGUAAUGCUACCUAUUCGUACUGUCCACCAACAGAUGAGAGACAAUGCCUGACCUGCCUCAAAAAUAUUGCUUGUUAUAAUAAUCUAACUGUACGGAGGAAAGAAUGUCAGUCUGACCUGGCCUACAGAAUACAGAUGGACACUGGAGAGCUGAGUCAGUGCUCACGAGUAGCACCAGGACCCAAGGGAACAAGAGUGUUAGCGGACUGGUAUUUCAUCUGUGGUCACAAAGCAUACGUGUCCCUUCCCCCAGAUUGGGGAGGCCUGUGUAGUGUUGCAUAUGUGUCAGAUCAUGUCUUUUUCAUGCAGUACCAGGCCAGUCAUCCACAUCACAAGACGAAGCGACAGGUUGGAGAGUGGCUCACGAGCCAUUCAGAAGUCCCAGAGGAGCUCCGGAUCGGGGGAGUCGGAGCGAAGAUUGCCCAGUCUAUCUUUCCAGGAAUUGGACUGGGAUUUGUGCGUGACCAAGUGGAAAUAAAUCGCUAUGUAAUAUUACGUCUGGUAAAUACAACCAUAGCUCUAGGACAAGGAACUUUAAAAGAGUUAAGUUCACUCAGAGCAAUGGUGAUGCAAAACAGGAUAGUAUUAGAUCUUUGGACAGCUUCCCAGGGUGGCGUGUGUAAGAUCAUUGGUAAGACAUGUUGUACUUACAUCCCAGAUGAAGAUAAUGCUGGUGGAGCCAUAAGGGAGGCACUCGACAGACUGACUGAAUUACAGAAAUAUGUACAACAGCACACUCAGGAAAGCCAGAGUGAUUGGUUUUCCUGGCUAAAUGCAGGAACUUGGUGGCAGGUAUUGUUGAAAUGCCUGACUCCUGUUUUGUGUGUGUUAGUGUUGAUUUGUGUCUUUACAAUGUGCAUUCUGCCCUGCAUCAGAUCCAUGAUAACACAGGUUUUCACAGGUUAUGUUGUGUCAUAUUUGCAGCUUCAGAUGGUCGACCAAGAUGCUGAAAUGCCUGAGGAUAUUUUGUAAAUAUGUAAAUGUUUGGCAAUAAAUGAAACCCACACUGAAAAUGUGCAAGCAAGUGGUGUGGAAAAAAGAUGCCAGUGAAGUUAUGAUAAACAGGGGGGAAAUGUUGGAGUUAUGGUAUAAAUUCCAUUCUGUUUAUUAUGAAUUAUCAUAUCUUCUGUUUGUAUAUUUUCUAUAAGUUGUUUUAUGUACAUAUGAUACUGUUGUUUUUAUGUUUAAAAUGGAAACACGUGGUGACAUUUCUUACAAAGGAAGUAGUAGUUACCUGCAGGCUGCUCUCAGCCUGCAGAGAACACAUAUAGGAUACGUGUCUCAUAUACGUCAUGUUACAGGCACAUUCUACAGGAUACUUACUACCAUAUAUGGUAAGGAAAAAGCCAAGGAUGUUGUUUAUUACAUGCUGUAAACUGCGUUUGGUGUAACCCACGUGAUCUUAUUGUGAAAGU